AUCAAGUUAAAACCAAACCGACUAAAAAUUGACUACUUUCGUUUUCCUAUUGUAAUACAUAAGUAAAAUUCCUACUUUCAUUUUUCUAGUAUGAUUCAUUUACCAAAAUCGCAAUUGUUGUGUUCCUAGUAUUAAUUGAACGAAACAGUCCGUACUUUCAUCAACAAAGUAUAACAGACUAAAACUGGACUACAUUCGUUUUUCAAGUAUUCUACAUUAGGAAAGUCGCUGUUUUCGUUUUUCACGCCAAUAUUUGAAAAUGGCAACGGAUGGAAAGUUUGCUAGAUCACAAAUCGACGCUUCUGACGCGUUAUAUGAUUUUCCAUGUAAUCCUUGUGCCAAGGAUGGCAAGAAUAUGGAAGCAAUAUUUCUGUGUAUGGACUGUCAGAUGUUUUAUUGUAACAGAUGUGUGACAGGGCACAACAAAUUCACUGAAAACCAUAACGUCGUGGACAGGACUUCAAAACUAUUCAAUCAAGAUCAAAGACAGCAGAGGUCACUUUCAUCAAAUGAACUGCUAAGGGAUUUAUGCGAGGAGCAUCAGGGAGAAGUAAUAAAGAUGUUUUGUGGACAACAUAACCUAGUUUGUUGUACUGUCUGCGUUGCUGUGAAACAUAGAUCCUGUGGAGGCGUAGAAUAUAUCCCAAACAUUGCCAAAGGGCUUAUGAAGAAAGAGGAUAAGGACCAAACUAAAACAUCUUUGGAGAAGGUUAAAGAUGAGUUGCAAAAUCUGAAGUCCAAAAUGCAAAAUGAACUCAAGAAGCUGAAUGUGCAACGAGAUAGUAUACUGGAUGACAUACAGAAGUUUAAGAAACACCUUAUAGCUAACAUUGAAGAGUUAGAGAGUAAAUCAAUAAAAGAAGUACAAGAGAAGCAUAAAGAGAUUACAGACGAAAUAUCUUUCAGAAGCAAGAUGGUCGAUGACAUGCUAAAAGAUGUUGAACAGCAACUUGACAAGCUUAAACAUGUGAAAAGAAACAAUGAAGCCCAGCUUUUUGUAGACAUUAAGGUUGGCGAAGAGAAGAGUUCAGCGGGAAGUAAUUGCAUCAGACAGUUUGCUGCCAAAAUGAUGGAAACUUUGGUAUUUGAGGUGAACAGAAGCAUAGAGAAUUGUCUAUGUGAGGUACAGUCUCUUGGUAAACUAACACUUUGGUCUACGGAUAACAAUGUCGUAUAUGACUCUGGUAAUGUGUUUGAACCAAAUAUCUUGGACAUUACUGAUGAUGAUUUGAUUCAGAAAUUCAUGAGUGGAGUAAGGAACGUCGCUGCUGUAUCUCUUGAUAUUGGUUACCCGACCACAGCUUCAGCACCUCAUUCUGUUGCUAAUGGAUUCAAGAGACUUUUAGCUAUUGCUUGUGAGACUGACAUAACUUUCCAUGAAGCAGAGAGGACUAAGGAAUAUUUAGCUGAUCCCUCCAAGUUUGCAACAGCUACUUUAGUAUCUGCCGCCCUGGAAGUAGGUGGUGCCACGGAGACAAAGAAGGUAGAUGUGAAGGAAGAAUCUGAGGAAUCUGACGACGACAUAGGCUACGGACUGUUUGAUUAAAGAUGUAGACUCUUAACAUAUAGAUUUAAAUCUUGUGCACAUAGAAACAUCUAGGACAUGUUCAUCAAAUUUUUAAAAAAGCUUACAGGAAAAUAAAAUGAUAAAGCCCUAAACAUCUUCACAUGUAGGCUGGAUACAGUUUGGAAUGAAAAAAGAAAGUUAAUUUCGUGUGUUCUGUUUUUGUUAUUAGUCCCAACAUACUCUUAAGAGAGUUUUUAAUCUCCAGGUCUGAUCACUCCCAAGUGUAGUAAAAUCAAAUAUUUUUGUAAGGCUAUGAUUUUGCCAGGUAUGUUAGAAUAGGACUUUGCUUACAUACUAGAACAUUAGAUUUUUUUCUAAACAUAGCAGUUGUCACUUUUAUUUAUUUGUAUGGAUACAAACAGAAUGGAUAUGAGUAUAAGGAAUAUUAAUCUCUUGCAAAUUCCUAAAACAGUGAAUUAUAGAACAUCAGUUUUGUGAAGUGUAGUACAUAGGUUGGUUCCAGAAAAAAGGCACAAUUGCUAUGUGUUGUUUAUAUGUUUGUCAUUGUUUAGAGGUUGCAAGUUCUGUUUGACUUAAUUGAGCUUCUGUAAAUAAUUGUUUUCAGCUUGAUAAUUGGAAGAAUUACGAGAGUUGUCCUAACAUGGCGUCUGCGCCCGUGUCAAACCUUGGUUAAGCUUUUCUUACUAUCACCAUGUUUAGUUUUAGGCAAAAGUUUAUAACUCAGUCAAGGAUUUAAGUCUGAAUUAUGGCCUAUCUUAACUUGCAGAUCAUGGUUAAGUUUUUCGUACCAGUUCAUAUUUUGUGUAAACUGUUCGACAUACGACUUUGAAACUUAUAUCACUUGUUCAUUAUAACAGUCUCUAUCUGUAGACAAGAAUGCAUAACUCUGUCAAGUAUUUUGGCUGAAUAAUGACCCUUUUCAGACUUGGAAAUUGAUUCACUUUUCGUACAAGUCCUUUGACAAGUGGCCACUUGUUCAUUGUCAUGAUUUCAUCUUUUGGCAAGAGUAACUUUGUCAAAGAUAUUUGGCUGAAUAUAACUAUUUCAAAGAUAUUUGGCCAAAAUUUUGCCUUUUUUGAACUUGGAAAUCAGUUAAGUUUUUAUACCAGACCAUAUUUUGUCUAAACUAUUUUUACAAAUGGCUUUGAAACUAUGACGACUUGUUUGUGAUCGAAGUCUCCAUAUGUAGGGAAGACUACGUAACAAUGGCAAAGAUUUUGGCUCAGUUAUGGCCCUUCUUUGACGUAGAAAUUAAUAAAGUUUCGCGUACCAUUUGUUUAAACAGUUUGAUAUAUGGCUUUGAAACUUUGAACCUUCCUUGCCAUCAUGGUGUCUAUGUGUAGGCAAGAGUAUACAACUGUUCUCCUUACCACCUAUCCUAUUGAUCAUGCAAUAUUUCAACUUUGUUUUAACAUUCUUCGAAAUUAAUUCACAUAAUCACAUUGAUACUUGCUAUCCAAUUGAAACAGUAGGAAUGGCUAUUCUACCCGCACAGUGUUGAAGUCAUGACUGACAUUCACUUCAGAACUGCAAUGCUUCUUUCCAUGACUAGCGCCAGCAGAUGUGUUGCUUGAAUGCUGUACCAGCUUUACUGCAGAAUAUUUAUAUUCUUAAUGUAUUAAUAUACACAAAUACAGGUACAUUGUUUCUCUUAUCUAUUUUUAGCUAACCUGAGCCAAUGGCUAAAGAUGAGCUUUUGUGGCCGCUUGAUGUCCGUCGUGCGUCCGUCAAUAAUUUCUAGAAUAUCUUCUUCUUCAAAACUACUGGGCAGAUUUACACCAAACUUCACAGGAAUUAUUCUUAGAUGGCUCCCUUUCAAAAUUGUCAAAAAAAUUAAAAUCCAUGCAGAAUUGUGGUUGUCAUGGCAACCGAAAGGAAAUUUUAGAAAAUAUUCUUGUCAAAUACCACAGGGCCUAGGGCUUUGAUAUUUAGUAUGUUCAUCAUCUAGAGAUCCUCUGACAAAUUUGUUCAAAUUAUUCCCCUAGGGUCGAAUAUGGCCCCGCCCUGCAGCUGAGGGUCACGUGGUUUCUAUAGACUUAUAUAGGGGAAAAAUUGAAAAUCUUCUUGUCCAAAACCAUAAGGCCUAGGGCUUUGAUAUUUGUUAUGUAGCAUUAUCUUGUGGUCCUCUAGCAAGAAUAUUCAAACUGUCUCCCAAUGGUCAAAUAUGGCCCCGCCCUGGGGGUCACAUGGUUAAUAUAGACAUAUAUAGGGAAAACCUUUGAAAACCUUCUUGUCCAAAAUCAAAGGGCCUAGGGCUUUAAUAUUUGGAAUGUAGCAUUAUCUAGUGAUCCUCUGCCAAGAUUGUUCAAAUAAUCUCCCUACAGUCAAAUAUGGCCCCGCCCUGAGGGUCACGCGGUUUAUUUAGACUUAUAUAGGAAAAACUUUGAAAAUCUUCUUGUACAAAACCACAUGGCCUAGGGCUUUGAUAUUUGGUAUGUAGCAUUGUGUAGUAGUCCUUCACCAAGAUUUUUCAAAUUAUCCCCCUGGGGUUAAAACAGGUCCCGCCUCGGGGGCACAUGGUUUAAAUAGACUUGUAUUAUUGUAGUAUUGGUUUAAAUCGUCAAAUACAGAUAAAGUUAUUUUGAAAGGAAUUUACCAAAAUGCGUUAGAAUAGUGUUAUCAUAAUGGUGUAAAAGAAUUGGACAUAUCUUGUGAAAUGCCUUCUUAACGAGUAUGUUUUUUCUGAUGUUUAGAACUUACCAGAUCAAUUUGAAGCCAAAAAAUUUGUACCCAUUUUUAAACAAAGAAGUGUAGAUUGUUUUUAGCAGAAAUGAUGUGCCGACAUUGCUGCAAAUGUUUUAAACACCUUUAUAAUUAUUCACAUGUCAAAACAAGUUUUUGUAUAGAAAAUUAUUUGAAUAUAUUAUUCUGUAAAACAUAACGAAACUUCAUAGAUCAUCACAUAAGUUACGUGUAGAGUCUGCCGGGUAUGGUAGAGACAGGUUGGAAAGGCACAAACGCUUAUAUCAGUUAUGCGAUCUUAAUGAGGUUGAAGAUGAAUUUAAUUUUGUUUUCAAAUGUAGAGUUAAUAAAGAAUUACGAACAAAAUUCAUUAAACGUUAUUUUAUACUCAUACAAGUAUGUGUAAAUUCUUAGAACUGCUACAAUCAAGUAAUAAAUCUACUUAAGUUAAGUUGUGUAAAUAUAAUUAUAGCAUUAGCUUAUAACAAGAGAAACGAGUUAUUGCAAGAAAUUGAAAGCCAUGUCCUGGAAAUGUUUGUGCUUCUGUUUGUGAUGACAAUAAUUAUAUAGCAUCUAAUGCUAUUCAGUUGAUCACUAUACAGAAUACAACCUAUACUUCUUAAAUUCUUAAAUGCAGAUUAUCUUGUGUAUUAAUCUCUGUAUAUAACAAGAUUGGCAUCAUUUAUAUAGUGAUAUCGUUGUAAUAUUCUUUUAUCAUCCCAAUUGUUAAAAUUAGAAUAUUUGUUCAUUCCCUGCUGAUACUAACAAGAGCUUUUGUCUAGCACGUGAACUGUAUUGUAUAUAUAAUGUUAUGUUAUUAACA